AUGGCUCCCAAUAUAAUAGGCAGCACCUUCAUUAUUGCUGAGACUGCCAUAUCUAAUGAUGGCAAUCACAAUAACAAAGCCGCGGCAGCUGGAACAACAACCACUACCGCAACUUGCCCCUCCACCAUCAAGGGCAAUGAUCGUGUGCCGACUCAAGGCGAACCUGCCCUAAUGAAAUCCAACGCCAAGAACGCAAAACUUGCUGAGAAUAGUGCCAUUCAGAAGAAACCCUAUAAAGUGGAAAUUGUUUGGGGAAAUAUAAUGCUCUUCAUUAUUUUGCAUUCAACUGCUUUGUAUGGAUUGUAUCUGAUAUUUGCUGAAAGUGCCUAUAUUGAAUUCGGUUUGAUCUAUAUAACUGGAUUUAUUGGCGGUUUGGGAAUUACUGCUGGCGUACAUCGUCUUUGGUCGCAUAGAGCAUACAAGGCCAAAUUGCCUUUGCGCAUAUUUCUUAUGUUGUGUCAAUCAUUGGCUUUCCAGAACAGCAUCUAUGAAUGGACACGAGAUCAUCGCGUACAUCACAAAUUUACCGACACUGACGCCGAUCCACACAACUCUAGACGCGGCUUCUUUUUUGCACAUAUGGGAUGGCUUUUAUGCAAAAAACAUCCUGAUGUUAAAGAGAAGGGCAAACAAAUUGAUAUGAGUGACUUAUUGGCUGAUCCCGUUGUAGUCUUCCAACGCAAAUACUAUUUCAUCGUUAUGCCCAUAUGUUGUUUCGUGCUUCCUGCGCUAUUCCCAUAUUUCUAUUUGGGUUCAUCACUAAAAGUAUGUUUCUUUGUUUGCUCCAUGUUGCGUUACUGUCUGUCAUUGCACGGUACUUGGUUGGUUAAUAGCGCAGCUCAUUUCUACGGAAUGAAACCUUAUGACACCGCAAUAAGCUCAGUCGAAAGUAAGGUUGUGUCAAUUAUUGCUUUCGGUGAAGGUUGGCAUAACUAUCAUCAUGUCUUCCCUUGGGAUUAUAAAGCAGCUGAAUUAGGCACAUAUAAAUACAACUGGUCCACUGCUUUCAUAAAUUUGAUGGCUAAAAUUGGCCAAGCAUAUGACUUGAAAUCAGUUUCUGAAGAAAUGGUGCUGAAACGUGUACGUCGUACUGGUGAUGGUACUCACUCAUCUGCCAUUGAUUGCAACAAUAACUCUACGAGUGGCAUCACAAACCAAAUGGUAUCAAAACUAAAUCACGAUGAUGAGCCCGUGAUGGUGUGGGGUUGGGAUGAUAAGGACAUUCUGGAGGAUGAUCGUAAAAAAGCUACAAUUCAUGAAAAGAAAGAGGAUUAGGUAGCAAACUUAUCAUUAUUCCAUUACUAUAAGAGUACAGUUUUUAAUUAUAAUAAUUAUAAUUGGUGGCUGUUACUUUCUUACAUACAUUAUACAUAAUAUGCACAAUAUGCACAAAGCCAAAUAAAACUCUUUGGGAAUUGAUGUGCUGAUUCGAAAUUUUAUAUUUACAAAUCAAAUACUUUACCCAUCGUCAGGUCUGUUGUUUAAAACUCUAAAGAAUAAUUAAAAUUGCAAAAUUUUUAAUUGAAAGCGAGAGGAAUCUAGAGGGGUUCCCAAAAGAUUUAACUUUAAUUUCAACUCUAAAUUAAUGUUUUAUUAAUUAAUGUUAAUUAUAACGCGAGAGGUUCUAUUUUUAAGGAUAAUUCACAUUGCAGUGUUAAGGUUUAGUUUUUAAGGAAAUUGCUUGUAAAGUACGUGUUUCUAGUUAUAAAAAUUAUUAUAAUAUAUAUUUUUUGAUAUAUACAAACAAAUUUAUUUUCUAAAGUAAU